AUGACAAAAGUAAGAAAAAGGAAAGUUGGAAUAGCAGGAGGUGAAUAUGAAGCUACAAUUUGUGAUUUACUCCCAGCUAAUAAAGGUAGAUCAAGUCUUGUUAAUGCCAUGAUUAACGCGUAUGAUUUCAAUAAAUUAUGUGAUUCAAUAACUGUUAAACCUGCUAAAAGAGAUGAAUUAUUAAAAUUUCAUGAUUCUAGAUAUGUUGAUUAUGUCUUAAGGAAGAGAAAAAUAAUUGAUGAAGAAAUCACAACCAAACAAAGAGAAGCAUUAAAGAAAUUCAAUCUCAAAGAUGAUCAAGGUGAUGAGGAUGAGGAUAAGGAUGAUGACGACUCAGAACAAGAAUCAGAUUCAAAUGAUACAUUGUUCAACUAUGGACUUCUAUACGACUGUCCUAUAUUUCGAUUGAUGUCCAAAUACAUAACCACAACAGCCGGAUCAAGUAUAUCAGCCGCAAGGUAUCUAAUAACUGAAUCUUCAACAAUAGACCCAGAAACUCAAUUAAUAGCUAUAAAUUGGAAUGGAGGUCGUCAUCAUGCUAAAAAGGCAAAAGCUUCAGGAUUUUGUUAUAUAAAUGAUAUAGUAUUAGCUAUCAUAGAAUUGAGGAAAACAUAUGAAAAAAUUAUGUAUAUUGACUUGGAUUUACAUCAUGGUGAUGGAGUUGAAAGUGCUUUUAAAUUUUCUGAUAAAGUUUUAACUUUUUCGAUUCAUAGGAAAGAUAUUGGAUUUUACCCUGGAACUGGCUCAUUAGAAGAUCUAGGAAAGGGGAAAGGUUAUGGUUAUACUGUUAAUGUUCCAAUAAGGCAUGGUUUAAAUGAUGAAUCUAUGGAUGAAAUUAUCGAUCGAAUUCUAAAACCGACAUUGGAUAAAUUUAAUCCUGAUUGUAUUGUGGUACAAUGUGGUGUUGAUGGUCUUAGUUCUGAUGAACAUCAAGAAUGGAAUUUAUCAAUAAAGGGGUUUGGCGAACAAGUUUCCAAGAUUUUAAAAUUUAAUAAACCAACAUUAUUAUUAGGAGGUGGUGGAUAUGAACAUUUACAAGUUGCAAGAUGUUGGACAUAUUUAACAAAUAUUGCAUUGGAUUUAAAUCAUAAUUUUGAUUUAAUACCUGAACAUGAAUUAUCUGAUGCUUAUGAAGAUGAGAAUUUUGAAUUUUGGAAUAUUUUACAUAAAAAUAUGAUUGAUGAUAAUUCAAAAGAUUAUAUUAAUGAAUUGGCUAAUAUUAUAAACAAGAGAAUUGAAUCAUGGUAA